GAGUCUGUGCGGCUGCGGCGGCGGCAGCGGCCAGGGCCGAGUGCUUGCGGGCAAGCGGCAGCUCUAGCGGUUUUCUUCGUCGGCGUAGCGCCAACUCAUCUCCUCCGGCUAGGGAGACGUGGAAGCGCUCCCGGAGAAUUCCCAUGCCGGGGCUCCUGAGGAGAAAGCCAGAAGUGCUCCCAAGAGUAGAAGGUGCCUGAGAGCGGGCCUAUAAACCCGCUGACAGAACUCACGCCCUUGAAACCUGGAGACUUUUCUGGAGCCUUCAGCAAGGGCGCACUUGGAAAGUAGGGUCCACUGCGGGCGAGGGGUGACGAGAACACCGGGGAUGGGCGCACAGACCUGGCGCGUGGGCUUUUGCUGUGUCCUCCUGGCUCUCGUUGAGUGUACCCGAGACGAAGGCGUGCAGAGCUGCGAAGAAGUUCGGAAACUUUUCCAGUGGCGGCAUUUGGGAGCUGUCAAGGGAUUGCUGGAUUCUCCGCAGGCAGGACCUGAUCUUCAAGUUUGCAUAUCUGAAAACUCCACAUGUUGCACCAAGAAGAUGGAGGAGAGAUAUCAAGUUGCAGCUCACCAAGAUAUGCAGCAGGUGCUUCAAACAUCCAGCUCUACAUUAAAGUUUCUAAUAUCUCGAAAUGCAGCUGCUUUCCAAGAGACCCUUGAAACUCUCAUCAGACAAGCAGAAAAUUAUACAAGUAUACUUUUUUGCAACAUCUACAGGAACAUGGCCUUAGAAGCUGCUGCUUCAGUUCAGGAGUUCUUUGCUGAUAUAGGGCUCUUUUUAUUUGGGGCGGAUGUUAAUCCUGAAGAAUUUGUGAACAAGUUUUUUGACAGUCUUUUUCUUCUGGUCUACAACCAUCUCAUUAACCCUGCUGUGACUGAUAGUUCCUUGGAAUACUCAGAAUGCAUCCGGAUGGCCCGCCGGGAGGUUAGUCCAUUUGGUAAUGUACCCAAAAGGGUAAUGGUGCAGAUGGGGCGGUCACUCCUGCCCAGCCGCACAUUUCUGCAGGCACUCAAUCUGGGCAUUGAAGUCAUCAAUACCACAGACCAUCUGCAGUUCUCCAAAGAGUGCAGCAGAGCUCUCCUGAGGAUGCAGUAUUGCCCUCACUGCCAGGGCCUGACUCUCAGUAAGCCUUGUAUGGGAUACUGCCUCAAUGUUGUGAGAGGCUGCUUGGCACACAUGGCAGAGCUUAAUACACACUGGCAUGCAUACAUCCGGUCCCUGGAAGAGCUAUCAGAUGCCAUGCAUGGAACUGACAUUGAACCUGUGCUCCUGAACUUCCACUUGCUUGUUAAUGAUGCUGUGAUGGAGGCUCACCUCAAUGGAAAGAAAUUACUAGAACAGGUAAAUAAGAUUUGUGGCCGUCCAGUCAGAACACCUACACAAAGCCCCCGUUGUUCUUUUGAUUGGAGCAAAGAGAAGCAUGGAAUGAAGAUCACUAUAAGAAAUGGUGAAGAGACACUUGCCAACAGAAGAAAAGAAUUUAUCAGCAGCCUUAGACUGUACAGGACAUUCUAUGGAGGCCUGGCUGAUGAGCUCUGUGUUAAUGAAUUAGCUGCUGCUGCUGGACUACCCUGCUGGAAUGGAGAAGAUAUAGUAAAAAGCUAUACUCAGCGUGUGGUUGGAAAUGGAAUUAAAGCGCAAUCUGGCAAUCCUGAAGUAAAAGUCAACGGGGACGAUCCUGUGAUAAAUCAGAUUAUUGAUAAACUGAAGCAUGUUAUUCAGUUGUUACAGGGUAGGUCAACAUCCAAACCUGACAAGUGGGAACCUCUCCAGAUGGGCAGUGGUGGUGGCGUGGUAGAACAAGUCAGCGGGGACUGUGAUGACGAAGAUGGCUGUGGGGGAUCAGGAAGUGGAGAAGUCAAGAGGAUGCUAAAAAUCACAGACUGGACACCAGAUGAGAUGAACCUCAGUGACGUAAAGCAAAUCUAUCAAACAGAUGAUGUCCGUACUUUAGACACAACUGGAGCAGGAUUUACAGCAGUGGCUGAAUCAAUGACAUUCACUCUGAUGGGUGUGGUGAUGUUAAUUCUUGGGCUUUGGUAAUUGCACUCUUCUCGUCUGAUAUAUAUAUAUGUCUUAUUGGAGUCUAGAUUUCUCCCCUCUUCCUAUGCCUGAAAUUAGAGAUCUUUUUCAAUGCAACAAUUAUAUUUAUAAAAUGAUGUCACACUAAAUUUUUAGAAGCCAAGUUAGACUGUUCAUAGACAUCUCUGAAAUCAAGAUUUAAAUGUUAGUUUUAAAACAUGGUUCUUUGAAUCUAACUUAUAUCUUCUUAAAUUCUAACAUAUUAAAUCUAUAAAUGUGAAGAGCACUGAAGUGAUUUUGAAUCACUUCUUUGUUAUAAACCCCUCCUUUUCUAAAAAAGAAAUAUAUAUAUACUAAAUUGAAGGUGUCUUUGCAGUAUAUUGAGAACAGUGCAUAGUAUUUCUUAAAAUACUGAAAUUAUAAUUCAUUAAAUGAAUCAAAAUACACAUUGGCAAGUAGUAUGCAUGCAUUUUCAAGGGAUUCUUAAAGUUUUUGCAAGCUAUAGAAACUACUGAAAAUCUUUAAGUUAUUGACUAGAUUGCUGAGGAGCAUUUCACAUAAUUUUUAUUGAAGAAGCUAGGUGAUUUUUAUCCACUGUAAUUUAGCCACUGACAAACUUAAAACUUAGUAUUUUGGUAGCACCUUAUUUGUAUCCCAUUGUACUCAAAACAUAUCUUCAAUAUUGUAGUUCUGUCCCUUUCUCUCUCUCUUUACCUAAUGGAUUUAGCUAUGUUGCAUAGGACAUGGCCUGUUCUAAGAAUAUCUCUAAUAAAGCUGUUAGUUAUUUGGUGGAAAAUUUUAAAGAAUACUGGUCAUUUUAUUUUGGCAAAAAUAAUUUAUAUUCACCCACUUUCAAAAUAUUGUUUAUUUCUUUUUAAAGCCUGAUAUUGAACAAGCAAUUGAUUGUGUAUGCAUUUCUAAGUUUCCUAUGAAUAUCUAAAAGCAUGUAAUAAUAUAGAAAAUAUGGCUUGCAAUGCUUUAGUUCUUUUUCUAUUUGCACAUUAGCAGAGCUGCUAAUCCAGUCCCUCAUUUCCCAGUUGCCAUAAUAUGCCUCAGCAGACACUGAUUCAGAUAAAUCUAUGGCUGUACUUAAGGAAGAAGAGAUAAGUCAGCUUUUAUUAAGUAUCACAUCUAGUCAAUAGCCAGAAAAAUAAUUAAUACAAGUGACAGCACAGAAAAGAGAAAUACUAAACUUGUGAUAUUAAACAUUCAAAAGGAUUUGAAAUGACCACUGACAAAUGGUUGAUAAGGACUCAGUUGACAGCAAAUAUGAGUGUAGUAAAAUCAGUCUCUCCAAUUCAGGAAAUAAUAUAUGAUCAAACCAUGUUCUGUUACAUUUUCAAUUAACUGAGAUGAUCUGACAAAGGUCAACUUGAAUCACAUUACGUUUAUACUGUUCAAACCCAUUUUAUUGUCUGUUCAAACAUAUCUCAGAAUUGCAAGUGUUGUUCUACCUGCUCAUUCUUGAUGUCAUUUUCCUAGACUUCCUCUCCAGACCUUAAUGUGUAUUCCCUGAUUCAGUCAGUUUAUAAAUCAGUUGCCCUCAACGACACCCCCUCCACAGACGCUUCACAAAUUAGAAUCCUAAACAUGUAAAAAAUAUAUAACAUUUUAACCUCAGCUCUUCAUUUAAAUCACUCUCUGCAAAAUGUAAUACUAAGUCACCCAUUUGCAAUAUUCCACCAAAGUCAUAGUUAGUUUGCUAAGCAAACCUCUGAACUGACCUUAAUGGAUUAUAAAAACAAACAAACAAAUGGAAGAGCAUGGCUUAGCUGUCUGAGAUGUAUAGCUGGAUAAAUUAAUUAAUAAAAGAUAAUUUUAAAUAUGGCAGGAGAUAGCUAAAAGCACAGCAUAAGGAAUUCAAUAGCAUGAAUGACUUUUUUAUAAUCAACUAAACUUCGCAUAUGCAAAUGUACUUUGUCUACCUCCAGGUAGGCACUUUAGAGACUAUACAUCUCAAAAUGGUGCUGCUAGAGCUCAAAACACUUGGACUUCUGUGGAAUGUUCUUAAGAGCCCGAGGCAUAUUUUUUUAAUAUUCUCAGUGAGGAUAUUCCUCCUUUAAUACUCUACACCGUAGCAUUUUGGAUUUGUAUAGCUCUUUAUAAUUUACAAAGCUCUUUCAACUGAGAUAGAGUAUUUCAUUUGACCUUCCUCACCCUCAAGGAUAGGCUUGAUUUUUAGUCAAAUAAAAGCAAUGACACUGAUUUUUUAUAUAUAUAUAUGGCUCAGAAUGUGCUUCUGAAGAGUUUUUCAAAAGCUAUGUCUAAAAAUUUUUUGAGCAAUUGUAACAUUAUUAUAAAAUAUCACUCAUCUUUAUAUUUCCAUGUUAUCUUGGGAUAAUUUAAACAAAGUUAUUUUCUUGAAUACCUGAGCUGUUUUUAUAUAAGUAACCAUUGAACUUAGUCCAGCAUUUUUCAUAUACUGGGAAAGAGUUAGUUAAUCGUAGCUAAUGCUGACUUGGCCCUUCUUUUGCAUAAACACUAUGAUAAAUGAUUUUUAUGCAUAAUCUCAUUUAAUCAUCCCAAUAAUAUCAUCAACUCUAUUUAGAGGAAACUGAGGCUUAGAAAUGUCAUGUAAUUUGUCUAGUGUCAUGAAACUAGUAACAGAAAAAUCAGAUCAGUGAGGGUAAUGUCUCUAAACUGUAUACAUUCCUGGUUCAAAGAUAUGAUAGUUCUGAAACAAUAGCAAGAAAUCAUGAGAAUAAUAUAUAAAACAUUCUGAGAUUAUUUAAGUCUCCAAAAUGUAUUUAAAAACUAAAUAUAACUAAUUGUAUAAUUAUAAUUGUAUGCUUAUCAAACUGUGUAUUUAGUAAGUAAACAUAAUGAAAAGGAGAGAUGUACAUAUGAACUUUCUUUUCAGUAACAGUCACUACUCUACCAUAUAUUCCAAUCUCAUCCACCACACAAGCCCCCAAAAUAAACCAGCUCCAAAAAUGACCAAGACAAACAAACACAACUAUCAUGGAACCAUGAAAUUUCUUCUGUUUUCUCUGCAAUUAAACAGUGUAAAACAUUUCUUUGGCCAUAAGAUACAAGAUGGGAAAAGGAAAAAAAAAAAAAAAUGAAAGAAGGGAGAGAGGGAGAGGGAAAGGAAGAAAAUAAAGCUACACAGAAUAUUAUAAAAAAAUUCUUAGAUUUGUCUCUAUAUCUUCCAUUGGUUCAGGCAACCUUUAGCAAUGAAACAUUAUCUACAGUGUUCCCUUCUCAUUAAAGAACAAAAGUUAAUAAGAUAUUUCCUCUAAAACACUUAGAUGUUCUGAAGUGCUCAAUAAUGAUGCUUUGAAAAGGACUCAAUUUAUUGCUAAAUGUUUUCAAUCACUUAAAUUAUUAUUUCUAUCAUCAGACCCUUCAGGUACAGUAAAACAUGUUUCUCCUUGAGAGAAUGAGUUCCAUCUAGACAUUUAUUAUUCUGUGAGAAAUUCACUGAGCAAGCUAUGAUGUCAGUAUUUCUUUAGACUGUGAACUUUGGUAUCCUAUACUAUCAUAUGAGUGGUUUGAAAAUCCAGAAAUAAUGAUUCUUAAUGCUGUUUGUUAUGACUCUGGCCAUGUCAAGUUUUUAUUUAAACAUAGAUUAUUGUGUAUAAAUCAU